AUGGAUGGGCGGCGACGAUUUAUAGCUGCAACGUGGACCCGGCCAUUACUGUUCUUACUUUUGUUGUCGGGCAAAGUAUACCGGAAUGGCGUUUCUGCAAAACCUGGUAUAAUUCCAUUAUUAACAAUAUUAAAGUAUAACAUCGUAAUAUUACGAAUGAAAUUCAAGUAAUUCAAUCGCAUUUUUACUUGUAAUAUCUUACGCAAUACUGCCAUACUGGACAACAUUUAUUUCGAAUAUUUAUACAUUUUAGAACGUGCAUUUGAAGGCUUUAGGGGACUGCGCACGACCUGUAUUUUUGCCUGAAAACAUGUUUUACUGGAAGGUUAACUCUCCUGCCUCAUAGAGUGGUCUUCGAUUUUCAAUAACUUUUUUUUGUAAAAUACGAAGACUUCUUUAAGAGUGCAUUUAACAUGGAUUUUGAAAGUUAUACUUCCAAAUACCAUAAUUAGAGUUUGAAUAUGACCUUUUUUUUUUUUUUUUAUUUCGUUUUAAUUAUUUAAAAAAUUAAAUAUCGAAGUUCAAUGCUCCUUUUAGGAAGUGGUUCUUUUUCUAGCGAAAAAAGUAAAUAAUAAUAUAAUAUCUUAAUCGGAUUUCUCUACGAGGCGAGAGAAUAUAAACUAGGUUUUGAGCUAAAAAUCAAGUCGUGCAUAGGCCCUUUAAUACAAAAAUUAAAAGUAAUUGAAAUUUUCUGUUAAUCACUUUUAAUACUUUUGAUUAUAAAUGUUAACAAUUUUUUAAUAGCAAUUUUUAACAAUUCUAUAGGUUAGGUUAACCAAGCAUAACCCUUAAUAACCUUUAAUAGAUUAAACUUCUUUAAUAAAACAAAUCAAAUUCCUCCAAAAUGCAAUUUCAAAUAAUUAAAAAAUCCUUAAAAUUUCAAAAACAAAUAAUAAAACAGUUAAAUACCAUCAAUUUUACUUUCCCCUUUUAUAUUAAAAGUUAACAACAAAUAAUAAAAAUUAAAAGGUUGUUAUUUUCUUUUAUUUAUUUUUACACGAUAUAAUAUGUUGUAGUUUAACUCGUCUGAAAUAUAAAUUUAUAUUUUUUUUUUUCUAAAAAUAGUACAAUUUUCUGAGAAAGUAUGUAUUUAUAGCUAGUGAAAAUAUUUGAAAAAAAAAUUUAAAUGUUAAAAAUAACAUAAAAUGCUUUAAAAAGGGGGAAAGAAGGGGUGAAAAACUAGAACAAAUUUAAAAUGUUGAAAAAAUUAAAUAAAAAUUACAUAACCAAGUUUAUAUUAUUACAUAGUUCCAAUUUUAUACUGAAAAAUCUAUUUCUAUGUUUUACAAUAAGUAUAAAUUUUCAGCCCUGUUUGUUUAUUAUACAUAAAUAAUAUUUCUUUGGUCCCAGAGAAGGAGGCUUAAAUCAAUUUUGUAAACAAACUAUCUCACUAAGAUACUAUACAUAUACUAAUUUUUAAAAUACAUACACAUGGUGUGGGAACAAAGUUAUUACAUUAAAUAAAAUUACACUUAAAAAAAUGCCAUAAAUCAUCGACUUGAGCUCUUCUUCCCUGGGACUACAGAUUUAUUACAUUAUUUAUUCGUUUUCACCUAUAAAAUAAAAAUACAUUAUAGAUAAAUUUAACAUGUUUUUAGUACCUAAAAGUAAUAUUGUUGAGAACAAAAAAAAAAUCCACCGUCCCGAUCUCAACAAAAUUGCGUGACGUCAUCACAUAAUUUUAUAACUUAAUACUUCCUAUCGUUAUACGUAGGUAUAUAAUAUAAUAUGUAAUGUAUAAACGACAACAAUUUUCUCUGUAGCCAUAAAAAUAUUAAACAAGUUUGUUUACUUAUACCUGUAUUCGCGUAUGGUUAUUCGAUGGAAAAAUAUAUUAAUUUGAAAAUUAGCAUACACGCCAAUACUUAUAAUAUUAUACUUCAUCAAUCUGCUGCUGCAGUUAAUAAGUUAGAUCCGUGGGCUUGUGAUGCAAUCGAUUGUCGUUUCAUAAUAUCAGUGUGUAAUAUAAAAUAUUGUAUUAUAUGCGUAUAAUUUUAUGAAAAACGUUUAUGGGUAAUUGACGACCGGUUUAUACCCAUAGGGUCGUAGAACCCGUGUGAAAACCGUAUAUUUCAUAUUGUAAAUACAACGAUAUCAUAUUAUGUGCUCAGCUAUAUUAUAAUAUAUGAUAUGUUCAAUCAAGGGCGUCCACGGUGGCGGGGUGUAGACACAAGGGGGACAACCCCGGAGGUUGUUAAUACCAAAAAAAAAAUCAUACCAAUAUCAAAUAUCCUCGAAUCCGUUAGUAUAUAUUAUGUAUGAUACUAUGUAGCUUCUGUAUUCACGCGUUGUGAUUAUAUAGACCCACUGUAUGUGUGUCAAAUAUGGAUUUAAAAUGAUAAAAUUUAAAACGCAGGAUUUAAACGUAGAGUAUAAUAUAAUAUUUUAACAGGUUCAAUACAAGACCGUAUUUAUGUCGGAGGACUGAGGGGGUUGCUCCCCGAAAUUUCUGGGAAACAGAGGUAGCUAUUUUAAUCAAACUAGGGCGGAUUCUAAGAUCUUUAAACAGUAUUUAUGAAAAAAAAUCUGACUGGACCCUCACGAAAACAAUCUCGUGCUAUGGUUUAAUAAUAUGAUAUUAUCUACUUUUCGGAUGAGAAUUUCUAUCAUAUAUAAUAUCCAAUUAAAUAAAAUCAAUUCCAAAUAAUCGCUACUUGUCUAUGAAUAUUAAAAUCAAAAAGUAAAUAUGUGUGUUUUUUUUUCACUUUAGGACUAUGUGAGAUGGAAACUGGCCAAGGAAACAUUGUACUGGAUAUCGAAGAAAGCCGAGGGUCUCGUGAGUAUUUUUUUUUUAAAUUUUAUUAAUAAUGUUCAAUUUGUCACGGCAAUAAAAGGAGAUUCACUUGUUUCCGCGGCGUGACGUGUGUCGAUUGGUCACGGGUUAUACCGCGAUGACCCAACAGGUUCAAGUUGAAAAUAAAAAAAAAAAAACAUAAAAUAAAUUGACGCAACGAACAAAAGUCUUAUCGGUGUUAGCUAUAUAUAGAAUAUAAUUGAAUAGCAAUAGAAGGGCGAGUUCACAUUCUAUAUAAUCGAGAAAUAUUAAUUUUCAACCAGAAAUAAUUACUUUUAAAUCGUUUUACACACGCCUAUAGUUGUUACGCUUCUCAUAAAAAUGAUAUCAUUAAAUUAAAAAUGUUUCCACAAAAUACAUCCGAUAUUACCUAGCCAUAGCGUACAUACCAGGGGUGGACGGCCAAACGGUCGAUCGCGGACGAUCUCCCUUUGUUAGAAAUUAGUUUUAUAUGUACAAUUAGUAUAGAUGAAUCAUAAUCGUCGAUAAUUAUUAUCUUACUAGGUGAUUUGUUAUCAGUUUAUCAAGUAAUACAGUUCAACAGUUUUUCUUCUGCCAAUUUUAUUUCUGAUAUAUUCAAUUUAUAAUACUAUAUUAGAGUCUAAAUAAAAGUCUGACGAAAAAAAUUAUUUAAUUAUACAUUUUAGUUUUAUUAUUUGUGCGUGUAUGUUUAUUCUUAAUAUCUAUACUUAUUAAUAAUAAUUAAUAAUUGUUAAUAAUUAUACUUUUUAUUUUUUUUUUGUUUAUGGAAGUUGAUCCUCAGAGGAAAAAUGUAUUAUUAGUAGAUCUCCGCCAAAAAAACAUUCGGCCACUCCUGGUAUAUACCGUAAUAUAACUCUAUUAACGAACGAUUUUUUUUUUAAUCACAACGUUUGGGAGAUUUUUUUACGGAAGUGAUAUUUUAAUUUACCAUUCAUUAACUAUUAAAAUAAUAAUUUACAAACAAAAACUGGACCGUGCGACUAAACCUGUCCGAGUACUUAGUCACGCCUUAUAAUUAUUGUCACCUGCAACAUAUAUUGCAACAACGACAUAAUAUUAUUAUCUGAUUUACUCAUCACAAUAAUAAUAAUAAUUGUACCGUUAUCUUCAAGCUAUUGGCAGUUUCACCUUGAGAUAUCUGAUGCCAACACAUUAAGCGUGCCACCUUUACAUAUACAAUGGUCCAUCAUGCUACAAUCACUUUUUUUAUAAUACCGGAACUUGACCCGAUAAUUUACCGAAAAUAAUUCACACUACUAACUAUAGUAAACAAUAUUGCAGUUAACAUUUCGUAUAGUAAUUAUCUGCACAGUUUUUAAAUCUCAACGUUUUUAACAAAUGAAAUUAACAGGAACUAUAGACAGUUUAAAUUUCUACAAGGUAAUGUCUACGGAAAUAUGGUUUUUUUUUUUUUUUAAUAAUAAUUAUUAUCAAAAUCAACGAGCCGUUAAAACGACUCCCACGAAUUCCCGCACAUAGCAUAAUAAUAUAAUGUGUUUCUUUUUACGCUGCAUCCGAAAAUAUUCAAACACGCAAUUGUAUUCGAGUUUUUAUAUAGAAGAGAAAGCUCUAUUUUUUGAAAUGGCGUCAGUCGCAACCGUUUUAAGUAAUAUUUAAAACUUGGGAUAUCGGAGAUUUUUAUAAUAAUAUUUUAUCCGAUGACUAUUUUAUUUUUGGGUAUUUUUUUUUUCAAUCAUAAUAUAUAAACGAUAAUUUUAUGCGAGAAAUCGCGUGCGUCUAACUAAGUUUCAAAGGUUCUCAGAGGUUUCCCUAUAAAAAUAAUGAUUAUCUCACAAUUAGGUCCCAUAUUAUCCUACCUGAUUAAAUAGAAAUUUCAAAAAUUAUUAUACUAUGCAUGAUUUUUUUUUGUCUAGCAUAAUUUUAUUUUAAUACGUUUAAAUAAUAAAGGUAAACACGUUGUAUUUGUAUUAUUUUUGCAGAAAUAAAUCAACCAAUCAGACCACCCGAAUUGCCGAUCAUCGGAGAUCCAUACACCGAAAUAGCUUUGCAGCUGUUGUUUCCAACGAGAAACGCAACGUUCGCGUUGAUCGGAAAACAAAUUCAAUUGACUGAGCCGUUGGAUAGGGACGCGGAAAACUUAUCUCAUAUCGUAUUUCAAGUAACUCUAUUGCAUUUAUAUAGUCACUAAUCCCAAAGCCGUGCUAAGAAAAGGCCGGGACAAGUUUCCAAGGGUACCAAAUAAAGGACACUUAAAAAUCCAAAAUAGGCUGAUAGUGCUGACGGGUGUACCAUUGUUUAAGAGAGAAGUUAGAAGGGAGGAUACAUAGAAUAAUUGAAUUUUCAUGUGUACGCAAUUUACACGUUCCGUUAUCGUUGCAAACGAAAAACAAUUCGAUUAUUCCCCUAGUUUCUAAGGUAAUUCAAAAAUCUGAAAAAGUUAGCUAAAAAAUGUAACUACAUAGAAAAUCAAAAAUUUACCGCCUUAAUAUAUCAACUAGAUCGAAAAUUCUCCAGGAAAGUAUCUGAACAUUUUUUGAUUUGAGCCGGAAUUCUGGCAUAAAAGUUAUUUACAGAAUCAAAAAACAUAUCAUAAUCAAUAUAAUUCUCAAUUCACUCAGAAUUAUAUACUCUCUAGGAGGAGAGCUGAACUGCUGAACACUGAAAACCACCCCGUUAGAAUGUCGAUAAUAUUUAUCAUGGCCCUAAAUCUAAUACAUUAAAUGAUUAAAUAAGUAAUGCAAUUUAGGUCACGUGCGUGGUGAGGGCUACUAACAAAAAAAGAACCAUACCAAUAAUCGUCCGAACGACUGAUAUCAACGAUAAUGCCCCGAUAUUUUUGGACACCCCGUAUCAAGUAUCGGUUCCUGAGGUAACUAUACACAAACACGUCAAUUAUAUUAUACCGUUUCGGUUAUUUGAUUAAGUUAAUACGGAACUAUUGUAUAUGUUUGCAGUUGACACCCGUCGGAACAUCUGUAGCAACUGUGAAAACAAUGGACGCGGAUACCGGUAUUAACGCUCUAGUCGAGUACUUGGUGAUCCCCGGAAACGUACCGGAAGAAGAACUCCAAAAAGGCAGAGUCAGCGAUGGCGUCAAACACUUUAAGAUGAAAUCUUCGAAUUCCGGUGAAAUAAUACUGCAAAAAGGUCUGGACUUUGAAAAAGUACAAAAGUACUUCGUGACGAUCCAAGCAAUAGUAUGUGAUUUAAUAACGAAUAAUUAUUAUUUCUAAUUAUUUUAUUUUUAAAUUAGGUUUUUUUUAAAAAUAUAUUUAAUGUUAUGUUUUUCGUAUUAUCUUGGCGAUGAUCAAUCUUUCGUCCGUUUUAAUUUAUUAUUAUUGACCGAAAUUCGACAAUAUUCGACAAACAUUUAUGGUAAACUUUAUAACUUUGUAUAAGUAAUGGUAUUAAAUAAUAAAAAUACUACACAUAGGCGCGUAUUUGGCGUAUAAACGCGGCAAUAAAGGUUUAUAAUAUUAUAUCUAUAUGGUAACGAGGCCAAAGUGGAAAUGUCCAAUUUAAGCAAGUCGCUCUAGUUAUACUGUUUUUUUUUUUUUUUUACAGACCGGUUGUAAGUUACACUUUGCUUUCUCACAUACGCGUUGUUUUAUCCGAUAUACUUCCUUCCCUUAUACUAUUACAACUGUAUUUUUAAAAAGGAGGGAUUGCACGAGAUCGCGCACAAUAAUGUUCGUAUCCGUGCUUCCUACGCGCAUCUAACCGCAUUGCAGGCAUUUAAAUAAAGCGCCACGCGCCUAUCGUUUACUCCUAUGACCUAUUCCGUACUGUAUUAUAAUCUACAAAAAGAAAAUAACAUCGAGUAUUAGACGACCCGAUGUGCAAUCCUACGCGCGAAUAUUUCGAGUGUUGAAAUAAUUAACUAUACGACAUUUUAGCGUUGGCGAUUAUAAUAAUAAUAUUAUGCUGCACGUAAUACGAAUUUUCCGUCGACAAUGGAUAUUUUAUGCUGCACGCAUUGAACUGGUUCUACUGUAUGUAUAUUAAAAUAUUCACACUACACCGGCGUAAUAUUAAUAAUAUAAAUUAAAUACAUAUAGUUUUAAUUUGAAUAUGUUAACAAAUAAAUAAAUAGUCGAUUCAAACGACGGUGACGACUGAUAUCAGAUAUACAUUUUAAACAAUGAAACGAGCAAGUCAUUCGGGUACAGUUCAUAUUAUUAUACUGCAGUUUUAGACAGAUUAUUGAAGCGUCGAAAAAGUAGAUCCUGGGAGUAUUUCUAAGGUUUUUAUUCAACCUCGAAACUAAUUUCGUUUCAACGUGAAUAUUCGAGUAUUAUUUUAUCUUACUCCAAUUAUUUUUGUUCUCAUAAACCUACUUAUAUGGUACGCGCCUAAUACCAUUACCAUAUACCUAUUAAAUAUUUUAUAUAUGAUUCACAAAACCUUAGCCUUCGCGCGCACCCAACGUUAUCACUACAUUAGAUCGAUAUAUACGUAUAGAUAUUAAAUACCUAUCCUCCAAAUACUGUGAAAAUUUUCAGUUUUAUCAAUCGUAGUAUUAUGCAGCUACUGCUUUAUAUAUAUGUAUAUAUAAAAAAAUGCAUUAAUUACAGUACGGUUUUUGAAUCAUUCGCCAUGACCGAUUUUUGAAAUAAUAAUAUUCUUAUGCGUGUAAUAUUAUAUUUUAUUAUCUAUUCCACGGUUUUCGAAAAUAAAAAAAAAUUAAAAACGAUUGCGUACAAUGAAAAUUGUAAAUACUUUAUAAUCUAAUAUAACGAUACAGAAAAUAAAAUUGGUCGAACGAUUUUGUAAACAAAUAUUAUUUUAUGCGUAUAUAUUAUAAUAUAAUAUAUUAUACUAUAGUCUACGCGACUCCGAAAAUAUAAUAUUAUUCAAUUCCCUCCCUCUCUCCUCCCACCGGUAUGUGUCGAAUAAUUAGAACAGUCGUACAUGUCGAUGAACGAUAUGUAUACCUAUACAUAAUCCAUAAUAGUUGUGUUUAUAUUUGAAUAUUACACGCGUCCAAAUGCAUAAGCACACAUACACGCACAUUAGCGCGCAACUCACUAUACCUAUUCACAGAAAAAAAAAAAAAACCACACAAAUACGUUUUAAAAUAAUAUUAUGUUUCAAUGUGUAAGUCGUCGUAUUAGAAGUAGAUGAUAGUCGCAGGCCUAUAGGUACCAAAUGUUAAUGCGAUGGAUCGUUUUUUGGUCGUGUUCGGUUGGUACGUUUCUCUCGCGACGGGACAGGCGACGGAAUUCAACGUCGCCCCGAUUUAUUUAUACCCUCUGCCGGUCGGUGUGAUACAAUCCCUCCCAAUUAUAUUCGAUUUUUAACGAUGUCCAAUAAAGUAUCUAUAUGUAAUGAUUCAUUGAGUUGUUUUCAUAAACGUGAUUUCAGGAUCGUGCUAAAAAUCCCUUGGAUAGACUUACCUCGACGACAACGCUUACGGUAAUGGUAAAAGACGAGGACGAUCAAGAUCCGUCAUUCAACUAUCAAGGAUGUACGCUUCAGGACGGAACUUGCGUAAACCCGGAAUACUACACUACCGUGAGUACUGCUAUGUAAAAAUCGCCAGGCAAAUCAUAUUAUAUUAUAUCUAGCUUUCAAUUACAUGUAUAAUUUAUACCGAAUACGGUUAAAACAAUAUUACCUAUACGCUUGUCCAUUGGUUUCUGCUCUAAAAAUCAAAAUGGUCAUUCCGAUACUUUACUACUCUAGUUGUUUCAUUCAUGGGAGAGAGUUGUACACACGUUAACGCUUAACCGGUUUCCGGGCUGCCCGCAGCCCACAGGUUUCAAUGGUUUCAUUCACCAAUAUUACAUACGUUUACUCGUAAACCAUAUACCCAUUUACAACUCGUUUAUGGGAUGAUCACAGAAGAAGUGACAAUAUAAAUAUCAUGUUCUUCUUUUUAUGUUUCUCGAUUUAUUAUACUAGUCGAACGAUUAUGAUUUACGAUUUACGAGCACAUCGUUAUACACCUGCAUCUUUAAACGGAUUAAAAAUUUACUUAAACUCCCCUUAAGUUUUUUGUUAUAUAGUUACUAUAUUAUAUAUCAUAAAAAAAUUUAAAUUCUGAGCGAAUCGAUGAAUACAUUGGUUUUAUUAUGUGUUUUUCUUUUUGUGUGCCUGUAAACGAUUUUCUUUACCAGAAAUCUUAUUCCAAUUAAAAACUUUAUGGAAAUUUUCUUAUACAAUGUUUAAUCUAAUUGGCGUAUUGAAGAGGUCUUUUUUUGAUUUUCUUUGUAUUUUUCUAAAUGAAUUAAUAAAAAUUGACAAUUUUUGUAUAAUUUUUAUUGACUUCUAGAUAAACUUGAUAACAAUGGAAAAAAUACGAUUAGAUAAUAAUACUCUGCACUGAAUCGUUUUUCGUUAGAAAUUGUUUAUCGUUACGUACAGAUGUUGUAAAUUAAAUUACUGUAUAUUUGUUAUAUCCUUCUUCCAACUUUCUUCAUAAAACAAUAGCACACCCAUCAGCAGUAUUAGCGGUGUGUUAAUUAAAGAAGGGUAACAAUUUUAUUUUUGAUUAAUAUUAUUGUUCAUUUGUAUAAUACAAUAUAGAUUACGAAUUACUAAUUUAUAACUAUACUCAGGAAUUUAGCGAUAAUAUUUAAAAAAAAAAAAAAAUGUAUGUUUACUAAAUAGGUUGCCAGUGGUGUAAAUUCUGGAGUUCUAACGAUAAAACCAGAAAAAAUACAAGCCGUAGAUAUGGAUUCAUUGAAUUACCCAAUCAAAUAUUCGUUUGUCGACGGUUUUCCGUCGUUUUAUGCGGAGUAUUUUACUAUUGAUUCUCAAUUCGGUACAGUAAAACAAAUCAAAGCGGUCGAUACGAGCUUAACGAAGAGAUUUUCGAUUACUGUCAAGGUAAGUCGCAUACUGUGAAUAUAUAUACAUAAUAUUAUUAUGUACACAAAGGGUUUAUUAAAAAAAAAUCGUAUGCUAAUGUUCAAGGCCGAAGAAGAAUCGUCCAAUCAUAGAUCGACAACGGCUAAAUUAAAUAUUGACGUAAAACCUGUCGAUAUCAAUCCACCUGUGAUACACAGUUCUGCUGUUGACGAAGGAUACGGAUAUGUCGAGGAAAACUCACCCGUUGGUACAAAAGUUUUAGACAAGAAUGGACAACCAAUCGUGUUGACCGUAACCGACGAUGAUUUAGUUAGUAUUAUACACAGUAUAGUAUCUAUAGAGUUUUUAAAAAUAUAUUAUAAUUAUAAUUAUGUUAUAUUAUAAAGGGCCCAAACGAUCCCAAAGUAUCCUACACGUUUGAACUCACCACUAAUUCUUUCGGUGUGGAUUCCGAAGGUUAUGUUUAUGUAAACGAAGACAAGUUAGAUAGAGAUCCGCCAAAUCCUGGAAAAUACCGUUUUCAAGUAAAAAUACAUGUUUAUAAAUAUUACUUAAUUUAUAUUAUAUUUACGGAAAAUAUGCGUACAUAUUUCGUUUCUUUAUCAAUUCGAUAACAUACAAUUUAUAAAUACUUACACCUGAAGUUUAAUUAAUAAAAUAUUGUAUUUUAUAUAUGUAAUUUUUAGAUAGUAGCCAGAGAAAUAAACGGACAUGCCGGUAGCAUUCCAUAUCUAAUGACGGUUUUCCUGAAAGAUGUAAAUGAUAAUCCCCCGCGUAUGCCAAUGUUGUCUCCGAUCACUAUCCAAGCUGGAAAUUCUAGAAGACAACUCGUCCAAGUAUGUUUAUGAUUUUUUUGUUUUUGUCAAUUUGAUUACCGGCUGUCAUCUGUAUAUAUUGUUUGUAUAUAAUCAUAAUUUCCGUGCAGAUUAAAGCGGUUGACAACGACGAGGGCCAAAACGCCAACGUGUCGUAUAGUAUAUACCACGUGUCGAACCAAGGACACACUAAGUUUUACAUCGAUCAGACAACAGGGUGGAUCGAAACUACCGGUCGAAUGAUGGCGGGAGAUCAGUACAGCAUAACCGUCCAAGCCACGGACUCCGGGGGUCUAUACACCCAAAGCAUCGUUGAAGUUAUCGUGAUAGCUGGACCAAACACUAAAUCACCGGUGUUCUCGCAAUCUUCGUACGAAGUGACCGUCAGCGAAGGGUCGCCGAUUAACACGACGGUGAUCCCGUUGAAAGCCGUGGAUCCGGAAAAUGAUCCUGUCACGUAUUCAAUAUUGUCCGGAAACGACCUGAGGCAGUUUGCUAUCGGCGAAACAAGUGGAAUUGUCAGUGUGAUACGAAAAUUAGACCGCGAAGAACUGACGCGUUAUCAAUUGGUAUGUUCGUUUUCACUAUCGUCAUUAAUAAAUGCAUCGAUUAAAACAUAAUACCUAUAUAACGGAUUAUACACUAUUUACAGAUGAUCAAAGCGCAAGACGAAGGCGGGCUCUCGAGUACCACAACGUUAAAUAUCAAGAUCAGCGAUAUAAACGACAAGAACCCGGAAUUCGUCGGGGCCCCGUAUGAAUUCACAGUGGACGAGGGUAUAGACGGAGCGCCGGUAGGGCAAGUGGAAGCCGUUGACGGGGACGAAGGAAUAAACGCACUGGUUCAAUAUUCGUUACCCGACGACCUGCCGUUUUUAAUCGAUGCCAAUACCGGGCACAUACGCACUGCUACAGCCCUAGAUUAUGAGAAAAAUAAUGUGAGUUGAGAAAAAGUGCAACUUGAUAUUCGUUUCGUAUUUGAUUUAUACCCGUGUCGUUUCAUUAUAGGAGUAUAAAUUCGUCGUAACUGCCAAAGACGGAGCACCGGAUCCGCGUAUCGGGACUGCUUCAGUGACCGUUUCGGUCAAGGACAUUGAAGACGAAAUUCCGAUAUUUCACAAAACCCUGUACGAAGCAAAAGUACCGGAAAACGCUCCCGAUUUCCUGGUUACACAAGUUCACGUGCGUGUUACAUUCGUAUUAUAUGUUAUAUUAAAUUGUAUUGAAUUGUUGUAUUAAAUUAUACGAUUACAAUGUUUCCAUUCCGUUCCAGGCCGACGAUCCGGACACGGUAAAACGUGUAACUUACGUGAUAAAACAAGGACCGUCGGAUUUGUUUACCAUCGAUCCGACCACGGGAACCGUUAGAACGCUCCGGGGUUUGGACUACGAAAAAGACAGUCAACACACGUUAAUUAUCGGUACGUUGGAAAAUUCGAAUCAGACGUCACCGGGCGCCACGACGAAAGUCAUUGUAAACGUCGAAGACCGCAAUGAUAUUCCGCCGGUUUUUCUAACCAUUCCGUCACCGGUGACGUUGGACGACGACGUGGCCGUCGGCACUAAAGUCACGACGCUUUUAGCUACCGAUUCGGACGGAACGUCUCCGGGAAAUAAAGUAAUAAUAAUAAUAAUAAUAAUUCAGAAUACGCGAUUUUCUUUAAUAUUUAUCCACCGACGACUAUAAGUAUAUAUAUAUAUAUAUAUAUAAUAACGAUUUUGUUCAUAGCCAAGACCGUGCCUAGAGGGAAGGGGGUUAUGGGGGUUAUGGUUCAAACCCCCUCCGAUUUCGUUCGUGUUACAUAUUGAUUUAUCGAUAACUCUAUAACAUAAUAUUAUUGUAAAAUUAUAACUCAAACCACGUUUAGUUUAUAACCCCCUUCGUCCCGAAAUUAUUUUCUAGCUACGGUCCUGUAGGUCAGAACAAUAUAAUUAUUAAUCGAAUGCAUCUGUUACUAUUAUUUUUAUUAUUUGUUAAUCUUUACGUACAAAUUGUUAUCGCUGUCGUAAGACGUAAGAUAAAAUACUACACAUUUUGCGUACCACCAUACGAUUAUAUUAUAUUAUACGUUAGACGUUAAUAUGAAAAAUAAUAAUAAUAAAUAUCAAUUUUACAGGUACGGUACGAAUUGAGCGGCCGCGGAAAAGCGACCAAAUAUUUUCACAUAGACCCGGACCUCGGUGUUUUAUACGUGCGCGGUGAUCUUCAAAAAGAAACCGACAACGAAUACCAGGUAAAUUGAAUUGAGUUAUAAAUUAUAUUAAAAUAUUAAAAAAUUUAUAACGAAUGCCCAACGGCAAUUAUUGUGAAAACUCGAUUUCUUUUAUUUAUUAUACCUGAUUUCGGUGCAGCCUAAUAGACGACAAACCUUAUUCAAGUCCAAAAAAAUGUUCUCAAAUAAUUAUCGUGUCUUUACAAUAUAACUAUUAUUAUGUUCGCAUUAACGAAAUGCAUCGGGAACAAUUUAUUAGAUGACAUAAAUAUAUGUUUCACGUACGGGUGACUAUAAUAAACAACUUAUCGAACACGCCUACGACUAGUCACGGCCAUUAUUUGUGCAUAUGCCUAUUACAAAUAUAAUCUAAUUAUCAUGCUAUGUAUUAUUUACUUAUACAAAUUACAUUUUAAUACGGUACAGUAUUAUAUUUUUUUGUAUUUGACCACCCAGAUCAUUUUAUUUACUUCUCAUUGCAUUUAUGUGUAAUUUCGUCCUACGACUCGCCGCUUAGAAAGCAACACAUCGUAACUCUUUUUUCCUCUAUUUUAUAGGAUAGCAAAAAAAAAAAAAAAAACACAUGGAAACAACACGACACGCGUCUCAUUUGUUUUAAACUGAAUUAAAAUUUAGAGAUCUAUCGUAGUAUUGCUUUGAAGAUUUCAGAUACGCUGUGUUGUAAAAUACUCUAUUCUAAAAUUUCCUAUUGAUUUCAUCGCGAAUUUGAACAACGCCCAACAGUGUAACGUGAAAUUCUUUAUCAAACAUUGUCAACACCUUAAUUUAACCAAAAACUUUAAUUCGAUUUUAAUUUAAUUCAAAAUGUUUACAAAUAUCUGUACUUAUAUUACGUUCGAUAUUUUAGAUGAUGUUGAUUAAAUACCUAACUCUUAUGAUUAUAAAAUAUAGGUGGACGUAAGAGCGUACGAUCUGGGUGAACCUCAGCUUUCUUCGGUAUCUUCGGUGACGAUAUUUGUCAAACGUGUCACCACUCCGAUACCGGAACUGGGAAUGGGAUUCUCUGACGAUUCGUACACCGCUCGGGUUUUGGAAUCCGCUGUCGCCGGCACUUUGAUUAAAGUCCUCACUGUCGUACACCCGAGACCAUCACAACCACUCCCACUCGUCUGCACAAUAGUUUCCGGAAAUUCUGAAGGUAUAGUAAUAUUAUAUUAGGUAUACUUCAGACGAUGUUUGGCUGUAUAUAACAUUAUCACGGACUAAGAUAAUAUAAAAGACUGAAAACGAAAAGCGAGAGGAAUGUGGAGGAUUCAGGAUCACAGUGUAACGCUUGUGCAGGUUCUAGUGAGAGUGUGGCUCUGUCUAUUGAUAAUAUUUCACUCGCUGCUUUACAGUAGUAAAAUCAAUGGUUGACAACGGCACGGGCAACUAACUUAAAUCACAUGUUUGAUUAAAAAUAAGAUCAGCAAAAAAAUUAAUUCGAAGAAAUAAUAACGUGCCAAAUUAGUUACAACUUGAUUUAACUUAUUUCUCACACAAAUUUGUUAAAAAUAAUGUAUUAUUGUUAUCAAAUGAAAAAUGAUUAGAUCGCAUAAUAAUAUCAUGAUUGCAAUCAUUUAUAUGACUGUGGUCUAUGAGUGGCUCGUAAAUAGCGGUAAAAUUGAAGUGUACCGCCUACAAGUAUAGCGUUACAUUGAGCUUUAUUCAGCUUUAUUAAAUAUUAUAAUAUUUAGAAAUUGUACGCAUAAAUCUAUACGUACUUAUUAAAUACAUGUAUUUUGUAAUUAUUUUUCGUUCCCCUUUUGAAAUAUACGGUCAUACGGAUACACCAAUCAAAUAAAAUGUGCACCCAUUAAACAAUAUUGCAAAACGAAUUGCUUCACAUAAUACCUAUAAUAUUUGUUUGAAUAAUAAACGUUCUACGGAAAUUUAUAAUUUAUUAUAGAAAAAACCGAUUUAUUCAAUUUUGUUUUAUCUCGCUGUGCACACAGAUAUAUUCACGAUAAAAGUUACGGCCGAGAAAAAUUGCGAAGUGCGUUUGAAAGAGACGAAAUUGGAUCACGAACACGCGGAAAGUUAUCAACUUAAAAUCCGUCUAGACACUCUGGCCGGAGUAGUUAACCCGUCCAAAAGCACAACAAUGGUAAGUUUUCACGUUAAAAGUCCAGGGCAGGGAUUUCAAUUCACUUUAUAUUGUUUUUCAAAACUUAUCGUGCGACGCUCGUUCGGUAAUAAAUUUGUUCCGUGUAUUUUCGAAUGAGAAUAAGACAUUUUUUGAAAAUUUUUGAUUUUAAAGUCAUUGUUUUCAUAUUUUUAGUGUUUCCUAUUGACGCUUUAUUUGAAACUUUUAAAGGCAUAAAAGUGUUUUAAUUUGUAAUUAUUUUACGUGACAUCACAUUCCCAGACCUAUAUACAGUUAUGACAACAAAGUGCAGUCAGUACUAUAGAUUUAACUGCAUAACAAUUAUAAUACGGUUUUUUGUUCUGUUCCAUUGUAGUUGAACGUCCAAGUGAUCGACAUAAACGACAACGUGCCGACGUUCGUGUAUCCCGAGAGCAGUAAACGGUUCGCCAAGAACGCCUACUACGGCGCGAUAUCGAGCGACAAGGAAAUCGGCAGCACUGUGUUGCAAGUCCGGGCGGACGACUUGGACAGCGGGAAACUGGGCGACGUGAGGUACGAGUUGACGGACGACGACGAUCAAAACACCGCGGAGGGACCGUACUUCGCGAUCGAUUCGAAGACGGGCGUCAUAAAAACCCUGCGGACACUGACCGACGUUCCGCCUCGCGGUUUGCCGUUCCGGCUCGUGGUCACCGCUCGCGACAACCCGGGGACCACGAAUCCCACAGACUACAACACCGCUCAAGCGCACGUCGUCGUGAGUGUCGUCAAUUCAGUGACGUGGCGUGCGUGACAUUUUCGAGGCGAAUUUUUCAGUGGACUCUGGCUCACUCGACGGCUAAAACAAAUACUGCUCCUCGGAUUUUUGUUUUUUUUAAGACCUGCGUAGGCACAAAUAAGACAGAGCUUAUAUCGGGGUUUAUUAUUUUUCCGAAUCCGUUCACGAACACAGCCUUCCAAAAAUGUGUAAAGUGUUCACGUGCGUCCCAUCGUCUCGGCCGAAAAUGAUCUCUCGUCAUAAAUUGCAUUGGAUUUGGCUGCCCUCCCCCCUCAAACCACGCGUGUGUAUAGUUUAAAACACGCCGACGGGAACCGGCUGGGAUGCACCACCCUACGCCCUAUAAUUUAUUAUUUUUAAUAAAAAACUUAUAAUUCUCCGAUAAUAUAAUAAAUUUAUUAAUAAUUAAAUAGAUUAUAAAUCAUUUUUUUUAGGUAGUUCAAUUUAUUAUCAUCAUUGAUUGUUUUGUAUACCACCUUAAUAUAUUAGCACUUUUUAGACGUGCUUUUUUCUUUUAUGUGGAUGAAUUUCGCAGUUUAUUUUUAUUAUCAACAUUUUAUGUUUGAAUUCGUUAAAAACAUAAACAAUUUCAAUUUUGUGGCUUCAAAAUAAUAUUCAAAUCGCAACAUGUUGAACCGAUCAUACUCAGAGUCGUUAUCAUUGCGUAGAUAUAAACUAAAUUACCCUAUAUUAUACAUAUCUUACAUUCCCAACUUACAACAGUGACGCCUGCCAAUAUUCAAUAGUAAUAGUUUAUAAUUUUUUUUUUUUUGUAAAACUAAUUAUUAUUCAAUUUCUGUCCUGAACAUAAAUUGUACACCCCCCCCCCCCAAAAAAAAAAAAAAAAAAUCUUUCAAAAAUCUCAUAGACGAUAAUAUCGUCUCUCAAAGUCUCAAAUAAAUGUUCGCAAUGCCACAGCACGUCAUAUAUGGUUAUAAUUAUUUAUUUAUAAACGAAUGCCUACUAAUGUUUUCAGAUAAACGUCAUCAACGACCAACAUCGCAUGGUGAUGGCCAUCGACGGAGCCCGUCCGGAUAUCGUCAAGUCGUCCGAAAACAAACUCAUUGACGAAUUGGAAAAACAGUUGCAGCUCAUCGUGGGCACCGAAAAGGUGUCGGUCAAACAUUACAGGCGGCGGGAAAACCUCACCAUCGAGACCGAUCCCGGGUCAACCGAUUUCUGGUUUUACGUCGUGGACCCGGCUAGCGAGACGAUUUUGGAACGAAAUAGCACAAAAGUGACCAGGUACGAUAAUGUAUGUUAACGGUUCAAUAUCGCGUGUAUGUAAAUAAACUGGAGGUACUCGCGUUUAAGUAGGCGUGAUACCGAUGAUUUUGAAUAGUAGAAACAUUUUUACUGAGUAGAACUCACUUAAUUUUGCAAUUUUACAUCAAAAGCGCCCAUAAUCUACAUUAUAAAACUGAAAUAUUCUGAAACACACCGUGAAUCUCAAAUCCAAUACAUUAAUACAUUUAGUGUAGCGUAAUCAUCAUUUUUUUUGUAUAAACGUUUAAUGUAAAAAUUUUCAUGAAAUUCGUAAAAAUCACGGCAUAUUAUACGUAUAUUACUUAAUACUUAUAGUGAGUGGUUGCUACUAUACUCAUAUAAUUUCCAUGUUGAUAUAAUGUGAAUAUAAUCUGUAAUUUAAACACGAUUUUUACUACAGAUCCAAACUAUGCUAAAGAACAUUUAAAAUAUUCUCAACUCAAAAAGUAAAAAUGCUAUUAAAUUGAUUAGAAUUUCGAUGGAGAAUAUACAUUUUUGUAGUAUAAUAUAAAUUGUGUAUGUCAAAAAAGAAAAUUAUAAAAAUAAUUAAUUGAAAAUCUAGCAAUUACGUUACUCAGAAAAUAAAUCGUGGCAUUUAGAUUGAAAUCUGAGUUUAAUCACAAAUAACAAAACUUAAAGAACUUAGCUUUGUUAAGAAAUGCAUUUUGUCUGGCAUUUUUUUCUUUUUUUUUUUUUUGUAAAAUCUACGUACAGACCUCGGUGACAUUGUGCUCUUGAAAUUUUACUAGAUGUGAAUGAAAAAAUAUUACAUACAGACAAAUCUGCUCUUUAGUCUAUUAGAUAGUACUGAUAUUGUUAAUAUAGUAUUUGUUGACACCACGGUUAUGUAGGUUCUAUCCAUAACCGGUUCGAUCGUCGCGUUCGUCCCGCGAGAAUAUUAAUCGAGGUUUCCGCGUCGUCUCGCCGGCGCGCCGUAACAAAACAUGGCAUUUCAUAAUAAUAAUAUACGUAACCGCGUGUAGUAAACUGUGUUUUUUUUUUUUUUUUUUUUUUUUUACAUAUUUUCCUCGUCGCGUAUAGGUCGAUACUGAACAGAGAUUCCGUCGGUAACAUUACAACCACGGUCGCCCACAAACUAUCGAUUACCGCGUCGGAUAUCCAUUUGCCGCUGCAGCAGCUGCAGCCCGUCGUCACCCGGACGCAGACCGCGGGCGUUACCAUACAAUGGACCGUGUUCCCGUACACGUUGAUCCUGAUGGCGGCCCUCAUUCUGGUGCUGGGCAUCGCCGGCAUAAUUUACAUUUGCGUGUCGUGGUCCAGGUAAGCGAUAUUAUGCAAAUUUUAACACGCCUAUAAUUCAUACACAAUAUUAUACAUACGCGAUGCUCACGUCCAAAAUUGUUAUUAUUGUUCCCCGAAACAAACGUAGCGUUUCCCACAAUCGCCCUUUAUAUGUAUCCGUUUUUAAACAGUAUAAGUGGAUGUUACCGUUUAUCAUUACGUAGGCAACUACUAACUUCGCUAACUAAUAUCUGUAAAGAGCAACUAAAUUUGAUUGUGAAAAAAACGAUUUAAAACGUUAUCAGUGAGUGUCGCUUAUUGCAAUUUAUAGUGUAUUGGUCUCGGUCAGUGGCGUGCACAGGGGAAGGAAGUUAGGAGAUUUAAACGUAUAUCCCCCACUGGCUUAAAAAUACAACAACUAUAUUAGUGUUUUAUUUAGUAAUUCUGUCAUGAAAUUAUAAUUGGAGUGAUACGUUUAACGUAAAACACUCAAUAUUAAAACUAUUAAAGGCCGCGGUUCGUGUCUCCACACAACUCGUCGACGGGUUGACGGAAAAAUCUGCAAAAAUGUCAACACCAAAAUGUAUUUAAACUAAUACGACAUUAAUUUAUAGAACUUUCAACAUAAAUUGCCAUUUGAAAAUCAAAAAUAGGUUUCACUCCCAAAAAUAAUGGCGAUGUAACAUUUCAGGGCUGACCAUUUCUUUAAAUGUAAAAUUUUUUUUUUUUUUAAAUGCAUGCAAAAUAAUUAAAGCUGUACGUUAAAUGAAUCAUCUGUUAUAUUUUAGUCAAAUUUUAGGGGAGAAAUGGUUAAUUUAUUGAAUAAAAAUUGCUUUUUAUGGAUCCGGCUUUUAAAUUCUCAUUGUCUGAUAUAAGUUAUACCAAAAACUUGAUGUAUAACUGAUAUAAGGUAUAAGCAGAAAAAGAUUCUACGAUAUAUCACGAAUCAAAAUAUACUUAAUUAUCGUGAUUAUUAUACUUACCUAUUACAUCACCCCCAAUUAAAAAUUUCUGGGCACGCCACUGGUUCCGGCCAUAUUUCACAAUCGUAACGCAAACACGCGCGGACAUUGUCACGUUUUUAAUGGAGGUUUAUUUUGUGUGUGUGUGCUGCAGGUACAAAGCAUAUAAGGAGAGGAUGGCCAGGAUGUACGUGACACAACGGUACGAUCCGGUGUUCGUCGAGCCGAAUUUGAAGGAAUACGAGGUACAGGUAAGAAAAUUAUUUGGUUUAGGGCGGGCGGGACCCGUUUCCGCCAAAAUAAACCUUCCCUUUUCUAUCUGAAACAAUACACUUUAGACUGGAUAAACUUAAUAUUAUUGUGCAGGCUCUAUAGUUAUUGGCGGACAUGUACCAGUUCCCCUGAAAAGUACAUUUUUCGUUACAAAUUCCCCCCAAACUACCUAGAGUAAAAUGUGCCAGUUGCCCUCAACAUAAUAAUAUGACAAUUGAUAAUAUACAUGACCAUAAUACAACACCUGGCGUAUAAUAGAAAGGAAGACAAUCUAACGGCACGGCGUAGUGGAUGCGGCUAUAAUAGUAUUAGUAUUAUUAGUAUUAAAUAGUGAAAAAAAGGAACAUUAUGUUAUAAUAAAAUAAUAAACACAAUAUUUUUAAUGAUAAGUGUCAUAUAUUGUGGUUUGUCAAAAGAAAUUAAUAAUAAUAAUAAUAAAAAGUUCAAACAAUAAAGAAUCGAAAAUUCGAAUUUGAGAAAAUAUAGGCACAACCAAAAAUAGUCAAAAAAUUCAACUAGUUUUUUUGAUAAAGGCUUAAUUGAAACCAGAUCUCCAACAAAACAAACGUCUACUUCACUAGACUGAAUCUAUUUUUACAGAGAUGAUGGGAAAGUCAAAUUUAUACCUAUCGACUAUCGAAAAUUAUAAGCCUUUCUACGUAACAAUAUUUUUGAUGUAAAUUUAAAUUUUUUUUCUCCGUUAUUUACCCGACGUGGUUUUGCCAAAUAAUCGAAUUUAUUUAAUUUGUACUCGAGUUUGUGAGUUAAGUUAGCCGCACUUUAAAUAAUAAGUACACAGGUUAGAAUUUCCCUCUUUUUAUUCUGUGUUGCUGUAUUCUAUAUAUAUUAAGCGCAAUUCGUAUAUUUGGCUAAGAGCAACUAAUACAUUUGGUUGAGGGCAACUGGCACAUUCGAUUGAGGGCAACUAGUGUAUUUUUAAAUGCCAAAAAUAGUUACUGGGAGCAACUGGUCAACACCCUUAUUGGCUUGGUUGAUCAACAUAAAAGAUACUAAUUGCGAUGGAGGAAAUUGGUUUUUUUUUUAACUAAAUGGCGCCCAAGUAACCAAAAUUGUGUAGGUACGUCAUUAUUUUGUUCUAAUCUAUGUGUCACAAUAUAUAUAUAUUACUACGGUAUUUGAUAAUACCAAAACAAUUAUACAUAAUCAAUGUAUAAACUAAAGUAUUAAUAUUAUAUUAUCAGUAUCGUAUAAAUACCGUUUAAUUUGUAUCUUACAAUACGCCACCAAAUACAUAAAUCAUAAUUACACGCAUAUAACAUAUUUAUAAUACAGGACACGGGUCGACACAACAGUAUUAAAAUUGUUUUAGCGGUUUUAAGGUUCAUUUUGGUGGAAAGAGUAUUGGUAUAAAAACGGCUAAGGACUCGUUUGGUGGAAAAGGGAAAACCGGCGACUCCCUUUUGGGCGACGAGCCGGCUACGGACGGUCGAACUAACCUCGGCGUCGGUUUUUGUCUGUCCGCAGGUACUCCAGAUGAGCGUGCCGAUCGACGACAACGACAGCUAUAACGACUUGCAACUGGACUUUAGCCGUAAAAACCACACGUUCAGUCUGGACAACGUCGGCUACAUAACCAAAGAGAACGUCGACAGCAUCGGUAAUAACCGCGUUGAUAAAAUAUGUAUACCGAUAUCGGAUCGGAAUUUUUUUUUUUAAAUAUACGACCAUUUUUCCCGUUAAUUCUCGAAGCUUUAACACCGUACACCUUGAAAAAAAAAUGUUAAAGGGAAUUCAUAUGAUAAAAUAAAGAGUAAUGCAUACUGUUUUGUUUCUGUUAUGUAUAUAUACUGCUAUACUGCUACUUUUGGAAACUUCAGUGUCUCCCUCUAAACCGAAUAAGCUGAAACUAGAGGGAAUUAAAGUUUUCUUACUAAGCGGUUUUGACCACAUGAUUUCACCAUGUUGUUGUGGAAAGAGGGUCUUUUUCUGGUUUUGUAUAUCCUUAUACAGUCUAACCAAAUGAAACCAGGGGUAUGACAUGUUGUAUGUGCAUGAUGUAAGUAUCAAGGAUGUGAUUUUUAAAACAUAUCCUUCAAUUUCCAACCAUUCUAUGCUAAAAUAUCAUUUUUCACAGAAAAAACCCGGGUUCUAAAUAUCUCUACAGAUAGUAUGGAAUAAAAUAUAUGUAUGAAAACUCUAGCAACCAUAAAUAUUUUAGAUCAUUUUUGAAAUAAAAACGGAAUAUUAAAACAAAGACAAGUCGGUCGGGAGAAAAUUAUGUUCUAGUAACGGAGUGAUCAGAUACUUUUUUUUCAUAUAUGUACCUAGGUAGUUGAUAAAUUUACAUUGAUUUUUACAAACAUUUCGUUUAAAUUGCAUAAAAGCGAUCGUAGCUCUGCUCAGAUUUUCGUUUGCGACAGCUUGAUAGUUGCAUUCGAUUUUUCUUCUUCUUUUAAUUUGUAUACGCCAUUUAGGACCCUUCGCUGCUUCAACUAUUUUCCGCCACCUUUCUCUAUCUUCACUCUCCUCUAGUCUUGGUCCUGGUGCACAAUUUUGUACGUCUUAUUUGACUGUAUCCGUCCACCUUUGCCCGGGUCGUCUUCUAGGUCUUUUCACAUUUAUUGUUUCUGUCGUUACUUUUUUUUUAAUAUUCCAUCGGCCGUAGCCAGCCCAUUCCAAACGUUUAGCUCUUACAUAUGCAUUUAUACAGGUCGUUCAGUACAUUUGAUAAAUUUCCUUAUCGGUUCUGACCCUGUAUUCGCCAUUUUCCCGAGACAGGGUCACAGAUACGACGCAGUAUUUGCGUUCGGUAUUUAAACUGAAUAAUUUUACACUGACCUAUAACCUUUUUUUAUUGGCCCGUAGACGGACACAGCCCCGUCAGUUCGGAAGCGGCGACCACGGCGAGGACGUCGAGCGUGGGCCGGAGUCGGCCGAACGGCACAAGCACGUUCGGCCGGACGAACAUAGGGUUCGACCCGGCGGAAGACGGCGUGCCGGCGUCCGCGCAGGUCAUCAGCUCGACCAACGACAACGUGACGUUCCGGGAGAAAAAAGAAUUCGGACGUCCCGCGCACAAUGGCAACGGCAUGACGACGUUCAACCGGAAAGCCGUCGAAGUGACCACCGAACUAUAG